GACCUCAUGCUCGGAAGGGGGAGGAGUCCAGCGUCCGCUCAGUCUACCUUAGCGCUGGUGGUGCAUCAAGUGGGAGCGUGUGUAUGGAGUUACUCUCAAAUUUUGGAGAAAAGUUGUUUUUGAGGAAGGAACUUACUCCCAUGACAUUUAUCAGGUGCCUGCAGUGAGGAUUCCGGGAAAUUUGCCAUGUUUAAGGCAGUGCUGAAAAAGAACAGAGAUGGAGGCAAAGCAAGCAAGAAGGAUUCAGGAGGUGUCCACAGCCACAGUGCCCAAAGAAGAUUCCCACCUGAAGGAAACCUUCAGCCCCCAGGCUUUGGCAGCGGCCACCCUAAUGUUCCAGAUGAUGUUUUCAGACUAAGCCUCGCUAAAGGAGCGUCUAUGUCUCUGCCCUCUUCACCUCUUCUUCCACGCCAGUCCUACAUGUUGCCCUUACGACCAAGCAAAAGAUCUCCAGGUCCAGUGAGGAAGCCCAAGUAUGUGGAGAGUCCUCGUGUCCCUUCUGAUGCCAUUCUUUCAGCGCUGAGGAAGGGGGGUGACAAGAAGGAGUCCACCCACAAUGAGCUGCACGCGGAGAAACAGCCAAACUCCUCCUCCUCCUCCUCCCCAGCCACACAGGAACUGAUGACAAGGCUGGGCUUCUUACUGGGAGAAGGCAUCCCGAGUUCGGCGCGCAUACCCAUGGACGACAAGAAUGAAAAGAAGUGCUGUAUGACAAACCAGGGCAUCAGCCCCAGUUCUACACUAACCAGCAGCACCGCGUCGCCCUGCACGGACAGCCCGUGUUCCACACUCAACAGCACCACAAGCCGCCCCCCUCUCAGUCGCGCCAGCCCUUGUGGAACAAUCACCAGCCCCACCUCCACGCUGGAGAGUAAGGACAGUGGAAUAAUAGCCACUGUUACCAGUUCCUCGGAAAAUGACGACCGCAGUGGCUCCAGCCUGGAGUGGAGCAAGGAUGGCAGCCUGAGGGGCAACGGCCGCCAUGGCCUGGCCCAGACUAUGCGGGCUGACACCUGCUCUCCUGUAGCAGAGGAAGACUCCAACAACUCGUCUGCCACUUCGGCCGACAACCCUGCCAGGAAUGACCAGCAACAGCAUGGUGGCGCAUCGGCGGCGGCUGCAGGACCACCGCAACCAUCAUGUCAUGCAUCAGAGGGGCUAAAUCAGUACUCACAACAGACUUCCUCUCUCCUUAUGAUGCCGAGGCCCAACUCUGUAGCAGCCACCAGCUCAACAAAGCUGGAAGACCUGAGCUAUCUCGAUGAACAACGCAACACACCCCUGCGAACAUCCAUUCGCCUCCCCUGGCAUAAUACAGGGGGAAGGCCACCUCAAGACACUAAAGGUCGCUUCUCUCCCUACAAACCGGUGGACAUCAUGCUCAAGCCUCUAUUGUUUGAGGUGCCCAGCAUCACCAUGGAUUCUGUGUUCGUUGGCCGGGAUUGGCUUUUCCAGAAGCUGGAAGACGUCUUGAAGGACAGCGAGUCCACAGAGAGCCACGGCGCUGUGGUGGUGGGCAGCGUGGGUUACGGGAAGACAGCCAUCAUCUCCCGGCUGGUUGCACUGAGCUGCCACGGAGGACGCAUGCGACAGAUUGCCUCUAACAGUCCUAGUGCCUCCCCUAAAAGUGUUGGGGUAUCAAGCUCAGAGCUUCCUCUCAGCCAGCCUCCCCAGCCUACUCCACCCUCCAGUGCUACAAACACUUUGAGGACCAACAGUUGCCCUGGGACCCCCGAAAUCCAGCGGCGCAGAGAAGAGGCUGUUAAACGGCUGGCUGCUAAGGUUGUGGCCUAUCACUACUGCCAGGCAGACAACACUUACACUUGUUUAGUACCAGAGUUUGUGCACAGCAUUGCUGCCCUGCUGUGUCGAGCACACCAGCUCAAUGCAUACAGGGAACUCUUGCUGAAAGAGCCACACUUUCAGAGCAUGCUCAGUUUGCGCUCUUGCGUCCAAGACCCGAUGGCUGCUUUCCGGAGAGGUGUCCUUGAGCCUCUGGGUAACCUUCGUAAAGAGCGGAAGAUUCCAGAGGAGGAUCUCAUCAUCUUGAUAGAUGGACUGAACGAAGCUGAAUUCCAUAAGCCAGACUACGGCGACACCAUUGCCUCCUUUAUUACAAAGGUCAUAACGAAGUUUCCUCCCUGGUUAAAAGUGGUGGUCACUGUCCGUGUCAGUUUACUGGAGAUCACCAACCUUCUGCCCUUCUCCAAGAUCUCCCUGGAUGACUUUGCGGACAACAAAGAGAUAAGCAAUGACCUCAACUCCUAUAUCCAGUACCGCAUUAGCGGCACCAAGGAUAUCAUGAACAACAUUAGUCUCAAUGGUAAAGCGGAUCCGAUCACCAUUGGAAAACUCAGUAGCCACCUGAUCUCCCGCAGUCAGGGCUCCUACCUGUAUCUCAAGCUUACCCUAGAUCUAUUUGAGAGGGGCCACUUGGUAAUCAAGAGUUCCAGCUACAAAGUUGUGCCCGUCUCGCUGGCCGAGCUCUACCAACUGCAGUGCAACAUGAAGUUCAUGACCAACUCGGCUUUUGAGCGAUCGCUGCCCAUCCUAAACGUGGCACUGGCUUCGCUGCACCCCAUGACCGACGACCAGCUGUUCCAAGCCAUCAAUGCCAGCAACAUCCAAGGGGAGCUGCCCUGGGAGGACUUCCAACAACGUAUGGACUUGCUCUCGGGCUUCCUCAUCAGACGUCGUGACAAGACGCGGAUGUUCUGCCACCCUUCAUUCAGAGAGUGGCUUGUGUGGAGGGCUGAUGGAGAGAGUACGGACUUCCUCUGCGACCCGAGGACUGGUCAUGCUCUCAUUGCAUUCAUGCUGUCCCGUCAAGAAGGGAAACUGAAUCGGCAACAGACCAUGGAAUUAGGACACCACAUUCUCAAGGCACAUAUCUUUAAGGGCCUGAGUAAGAAAACAGGCGUGUCCUCCAGUGUGCUUCAGGCUUUGUGGAUCAACUGUAGUGCCGACGGCCUUUCUGCAGCCUUGGCCUCCCUGAGGAACCUUUACACUCCCAACGUGAAGGUGAGCCGUCUGCUUAUGCUGGGUGGAGCCAACGUCAAUUACCGUACCGAGGUGCUGAACAACGCACCAGUGGUUUGCGUGCAGUGUCACCUCGGCCACCAGGAGAUCACAUCCUUGCUGAUGGAGUUUGGCGCCAGUGUUGAGGUGGUGUCCGAAAACGGCAUGAACCCUCUGUGUUAUUCGGCGGCUGCGGGACACCUGGGACUCGUCACGAUGCUGUGCAAGCGGGGGGCCAAGGUUGACCAUGUGGAUAAAAGUGGCCAGUGUGCCCUUGUGCACGCUGCUCUCCGAGGACAUCCCGAGAUUAUCCAGUACCUGCUCGAGAUGGAAUGGAGCGCUGAGGGGCAGCAGGAGGAUUGCGCUUUGAAGAGCAAAGCCCUGCAGCAGGCUUUGAUAGCAGCGGCCAGCAUGGGGCACACUCAGGUUGUAAGGGGAUUGUUGGCAGUGAAUAAUGAGUACGCUGUGCAAAUUGAUAGCCACGACACUCUGUGGGGAGAGACAGCGUUGACAGCGGCAGCCGGCCGAGGGAAGAUGGAAGUGUGCAGCUUUCUGCUGGAGCAGGGAGUCAUGGUGCAGCAGGUCAACCGGCGGGGGGUGUCUCCUCUCUUCUGCGCCGUCAGGCAGGGACACUGGCAGAUUGCAGAGCUGCUGUUGCAGCACGGUGCGGACAUUAACAUCAGUGACAAACAGGGCAGAACAUUGCUGAUGGUGGCAGCCUGUGAGGGUCACCUAACCACUGUUGAGUUUCUUCUCUCGAAAGGGGCAUCUUUGACUUCCAUGGACAAGGAGGGGCUGACAGGCCUCAGCUGGGCGUGUUUGAAAGGACACAAGAACGUCGUGCAGCUUCUGGUGGACAAAGGCGCGGAGAUCGACCACACGGACAAAAAUGGACGAACUCCGCUGGACCUGGCGGCCUUCUUUGGAGAUGCAGAGAUUGUCCAGUAUUUGGUGGAAAGAGGGGCGGUGGUGGAGCAUGUGGACUACAGUGGCAUGAGGCCCUUGGACCGAGCCAUCGGCUGCCGGAACACGUCGGUGGUGGUCACCCUGCUGAAGAAAGGAGCCAAGCUGGGCCACAGAACGUCUCCUUACGAUCGAUCAGGGAACGCCGCCUGGGCCAUGGCUACCUCCAAGCCUGAUAUCCUCAUCAUCCUGCUUCAAAAACUGAUGGAGGAAGGGAAUGUGCUUUACAAGAAAGGCAAGAUGAAGGAGGCGGCUCAGAGGUACCAGUACGCCUUGAGGAAGUUUCCCAGGGAGGGCUUUGGCGACGACCUGAAGGCGUUCAAAGACCUGAGGGUCUCCCUGUACCUCAAUCUCUCCCGCUGUCGCAGGAAAACCAACGACUUUGGGAUGGCGGAGGAGUUUGCAACAAAAGCACUGGAGCUGAAACCAAAGUCCUACGAGGCCUACUAUGCUCGUGCCCGGGCGAAAAGGAGCAGCAGGCAGUUUUCUGCGGCGCUGGCCGACCUGCACGAGGCGGCCAAGUUGUGUCCCAACAACCGCGAGAUCCGCCGCCUGCUGGCCCGCGUGGAGGACGAGUGCAAGCAGAUGCAGCGCGCUCAGACCAAAGGAAGCUUGGAGGCGGCCGCCGGCGCCUGCAGCCAAGCGUCGGGAGGCCAGGACUCUGACCAGGAGCACGAGGAAGACCAGGAGGACGAGGCUUCCGAGUGGAGCCAAAGAGACGGGCCGGAUGAAGACAAGGGCGGGCAGACGGCGGCGGAGGCGUGCUGGUCCUUCAGCCGGGCGUGCGAAGACCAUCACAACCCUGGCAGGCUUCCUCCUCACCGCUACCCCAUGACCCCUCAGGGCCUGGUGCUGCAGACCACCAAGCAGGCCCAGAUCGUCAAGACCAACCAACAUGUAAGCUCGGCGCAGGCAGGGGGCGGAGCCAAAUCCCAAUACGCCCCCUCCAGCCCGUUACCCGGCCGACACAUGCUGACGCCCGGCCCGGGAAUCGACAUCAGCCCGCUGCCCGGCGAGGAGGCGCCGUACGGGAAGCGCCUGACCCACGGCGAGGCCUCCUUCUCCUCCAAGGUCAUGUCGGCGCACUCCGCCUCCUCUCUGGAGGUCUUCCCGGGUCCCGGUCCUCACCCUGAGUCCGGCAGCAGCAUGCGCGUGUCCAGCUCCACCAGCAGCCUGGCGUCCAGCAGCAGCCUAUCAGACAGCAGCAAACACGGCCAGCAGGACCACAAGCCCAGACCUUUCAUGGGCGUCAUAGACAAGACCGCGCGCUUCCAGCAGCCGCUCGCCCGCGCCGACGGCGAGCCGCCCUACGGGAAAGCGGCGAACGCUUACCAGGAUCAGCACAGGCCUGCGGCCGCCACGAGCAGCGUGCAAAACGGCACGCAGCACGCCAAGGAGUUCUCCUUCUGCCAAGCCACCAACUGUUACAAAGAGUCCAAGCAGCACGCCUUCAUGGACGCCAAGUCCAAACAGAGCGCCAACAUCACGUCCAUGAAGCCAAAGCGAUCCUUUAUCGAGUCCAACGUGUAGAAGCAAGAUGGACACUCUGCACUGACGCUGGCUAUGAGGGAGGAAGUAGAAGUGCUUAUUCUUGUGCUGUUCUGCCUUCUCCUCUUCUACUUUUGACUCCCAUGCACAACGCGGUUUAAAAAGUGUAAAAAGCACAUUUGUUAAAUAUGUUUGUUUGUACAUGACAAGAAUCAACGUCUCUUUAUCUGCUUGUUGUUGCUGUCUAGAUUUUAAUUUAUUUACCAACGGCUUAAAUGUAAGAGCAAUAUAUUUGAUAUAGUUAUUUUUGCACAGCUACUAAGACAUUUUAUUGGGUUUAUUGAGUGCAUGCAGUUUACACCAUGUCUCAUAUGGAGUGUGCCAGUCACCACUUGCAUAUUACAUGUCUGGUUUUAGUCUUGUGCCGUCACCUACUUCUGCUGCCAUGGCAACCGCGGCAGGGAAAUAAAAGACCCGCUGAGGGACAACAAACGCCUCAACUUUGGACUUCUUACCAAAAAAAAUAAAAGCAGUGUGGUCAUUCA